UCAGCCCCUCUGAGCCUGUGAGUCAGCACUGUCCUGGGGAUUGGUCUCUCUCCUUAGUUCCCCGCCCCUGGGGAGGAGCCAGUAAGCUCUGGGUCCAGCCUGUACUUUACUGAGCCAGAAGAGGUUUCCUAGCUGGGCUGGGCAAGGAUGCGGUCUGAAACUGUCUAGGUCUGAGUUGGGAGAGCAGAGGUCACUUGUCCUUCGCCUCCCCAGGUCCUCUGUCAUCACCGGGCUGCCGAGGUCAGAUUAGGCUAAGGGCCUGGGGAUGCCCCCUGCCUGGCCCCCUUGCCUGAAUUGGCAGGGGGGCCGGGCCGGGCAGCAGCCCCCCUUCUCACCCCAGCCAUGGAUCUUCUACCCCCCAAGCCGAAGUACAACCCACUUCGGAAUGAGUCUCUGUCAUCGCUGGAGGAGGGGGCUUCAGGGUCUACCCCACCGGAGGAGCUGCCUUCCCCAUCAGCCUCAUCCCUGGGACCCAUUCUGCCUCCUCUGCCAGGGGACGAUAGUCCGACUACCCUGUGUUCCUUCUUUCCCCGGAUGAGCAACCUGAAGCUGGCCAAUCCUGCUGGGGGGCGCCUGGGGCCUAAAGGGGAGCCAGGAAAGGCUGCUGAAGAUGGGGAAGGGAGUGCAGGGGCAGCCCUUCGGGACUCAGGCCUCUUGCCCCUCCUCCAGGACAUGAACAAGCUGAGUGGAGGCGGCGGGCGCAGGACUCGGGUAGAAGGGGGCCAGCUGGGGGGCGAGGAGUGGACCAGACACGGGAGCUUUGUCAAUAAGCCCACACGAGGCUGGCUGCAUCCCAACGACAAAGUCAUGGGACCUGGGGUUCCCUACUUGGUUCGGUACAUGGGUUGUGUGGAGGUCUUACAGUCAAUGCGAGCCCUUGACUUCAAUACCCGGACACAGGUCACCAGGGAGGCCAUCAGUUUGGUGUGUGAAGCUGUGCCUGGUGCCAAAGGGGCGACAAGGAGGAGAAAGCCUUGUAGCCGCCCACUCGGCUCUAUCCUGGGGAGGAGUAACCUGAAGUUUGCUGGAAUGCCAAUCACUCUCACUGUGUCUACCAGCAGCCUUAACCUCAUGGCAGCAGACUGCAAACAGAUCAUUGCCAACCAUCACAUGCAAUCUAUCUCAUUCGCGUCUGGUGGGGAUCCGGACACAGCUGAGUAUGUUGCCUAUGUUGCCAAAGACCCUGUGAAUCAGAGAGCCUGCCAUAUCCUGGAGUGUCCUGAAGGGCUUGCUCAGGAUGUCAUCAGCACCAUCGGGCAGGCCUUUGAGUUACGCUUCAAACAGUAUCUCAGGAAUCCACCCAAGCUGGUCACCCCCCAUGACAGGAUGGCUGGCUUUGAUGGCUCCGCUUGGGAUGAGGAGGAAGAAGAGCCCCCUGAGCAUCAGUACUACAAUGACUUCCCAGGGAAGGAACCCCCUCUCGGUGGGGUGGUAGACAUGAGGCUUCGGGAAGGGGCUGCUCGACCUACUCUGCCCAGUGCCCAGGUGCCCAGCCACUUGGGAGCUACACUGCCUAUAGGACAGCAUGCUGCAGGAGACCAUGAAGUCCGGAAACAGAUGCUGCCUCCACCACCUUGCCCAGGCAGAGAACUCUUCGAUGACCCCUCCUAUGUCAACAUCCAGAAUCUAGACAAGGCCCGGCAAGCUGGGGGUGGGGCCGGGCCCCCAAAUCCUUCUGUUAAUGGCAGUGCACCCCGAGACCUCUUUGACAUGAAGCCCUUUGAAGAUGCACUUCGGGUGCCGCCACCUCCCCAGUCCAUGUCCAUGGCUGAGCAGCUCCAAGGGGAGUCCUGGUUCCAUGGGAAGCUGAGCCGGCGGGAGGCUGAAGCACUGUUGCAGCUCAACGGUGACUUCUUGGUGCGAGAGAGUACAACCACGCCUGGCCAGUAUGUGCUCACUGGCCUGCAGAGUGGGCAGCCCAAGCACUUGCUUCUGGUGGACCCUGAAGGUGUGGUUCGGACAAAGGAUCACCGCUUUGAGAGUGUCAGUCACCUGAUCAGCUACCACAUGGACAAUCAUUUGCCCAUCAUCUCUGCGGGCAGCGAACUGUGUCUACAGCAGCCUGUGGAUCGGAAAGUGUGAUCCUUCUCAGCCUCUCCUAAAGGAUGCCCUCCAGUCCCUUCUGCCGUGCUCUCUAACUCAUGGGACCUCUGUUUUGUGGGUCUGGCCUUGGGUGGGAGCUGGGAGCAAUGAGAACACAGGUUUAGUGCCCAUUUGAGAGAUAGGGUUUCAGUUAGGAGCCUGGGGUAGCAUCCUGCUUCUGCCCACACCUCACCAAAGUAUUAAUGUGCAGAGUGGUCCCUUGUCUGGGCCUUGCCUGUGCCAACCUAAUGCCCUUUCCCCCAAAGGGUGGGUUCUUACAAUGGAAAAUGCCCUGUGGUGAUAGGCCCAGUGGAGCAAUUGCCCUUUGGGGGAAGGGAAAGAAUCAUACCUCUGGUUUACUCCUGGUCUUCAGGGUACCCCAGACCCCUCGUAACGUAUCCGACUCCCUAUGCAUCUCCUUAAACUUUGUGCCUUUGACUAUCGUAGGUCUGCAGAUACUCUAUGCAGAAUUCUCAGGCUCUUCAGAUGUGGACAGGGGUUACUGAUACCUUGGCUUCUGGAACCCUGUCUGUUCAGCACCCCUACCUAUGUCUAGGGAGAAUAGGGGCAGGAGUGGCAGCUAUCUUUUCUGUCUUUUGGAUAUGCAGCCCUUAAGAGAUUGCCCCAAGCCAGGAUGUGGUGUCACAUGCCUUUAAUCGAAGCACUCAGGAGGCAGGAGGAUUUGUGAGGCCACCCUGGUCUAUAACAGAGUGAAUUCCAGGACAGCCAAGGCAAUAGAGAAAGUACCUGUCUCCAAAAACCAAAAAGAGCAAUUACCCCAGAGCCCCCUCCCUGGUGGUAGCAGGGAAAGGGCAGGAUUGGACCCAUCUUGCUCAGUGCCUCGUGACCUCAAUGCCUUUCCUCCAAGGGGUCUGUAUACAUUUCUUAAGCCUGCCCCUCCCAUGUUUGCAUGUGUGUUAUAGUCUACAGCCAAAGUAUAGCCCUUACUGUAACCCCAUCUCGCCUUUUUUUGGGAUGGAUGUGUGUGACUGACUUGGGCCUCCAGUAUGUGUACAGUCAACGUGGGUUUUGUGGACGCAUUGAGACUGAAGCAGCAGACAAUCCUCAAUGCCAUUUGCAAGUCUGGAACUGCAUUCUCUCUUUUUUAAAAAACAUGUAUACAUUUUAGGGCUGUAGAUUUAUUUUCUUGAUUUUGUUUUUCGUUGCUGACUUUUUGAGCACAGAAUUAUGAUAAUCAAUUACAUUUAUACAUCACCAAGUUGACUUUUCCAAACUUUUUUUUUUUUUUUAAACAACUGUUAGGAUUUUACUCGCUGGUCUAAGUAGGCCAGGAGUUUUUUUCCCCCUUUUUCUUUUUCUUCUUCCUCAAGACACCUGAGCAGAAAUUUGGCUGAACAGUGUUGUGGGAUUAUGAUGUGAUAGCUUUAGAUCCUACCUUCUGCUUGCAGGCAGAUUCAGCCAGCACAGGAACCUUGCAAGCUCGUUCUGUAGGCUUUCUGACAAGGAGUGGUCGACUGGUUUUCAGUCUUGGCUGUCGCCUAAUUUUGGUUUGGAUGUCUUAUACCAAAGGGAAAUAGCCUUCAUUAAAGUCCGUAUUUCUUCUA